GACAUUGUGAGUUUUAUUUUCCAAACAAUUAAUUGUCUAUUUCUUAUCUGAUUAUUCAUCAAAUUAAUUGAUUGUUUGAUAGUUUUUUAAAAUAUUUUUAAAUCAACAAAAUAAAUUACUAAUUAUAGUUAUUAGAUAAUCAAAAUGGGGGCCGUCCUGGGUCUUUGUUCAGCAGCACAACUUGCCUGCUGCUGUACUAGCACAGCUUGUUCUUUAUGCUGUUCAGCAUGUCCAUCAUGCAGGAAUUCUACAUCUUCUCGUAUAAUGUAUGCACUGAUGCUGUUGAUUGCAACUGUGGUGGCUUGUAUUACUCUGUCUCCAGGACUGGAAAGCGCUUUACAAAAGGUACCGUUUUGCAAAAACAGUUCUGCUCUGGUUCCUGAUUCGGUAGUUUUUGAUUGUAAACAAGCUGUGGGAUAUUUAGCAGUGUAUAGAAUAUGCUUUAUUUUAACAUGUUUCUUUGCUUUGAUGUCGCUUAUGAUGAUCGGUGUAAAAACUUCCAAAGAUGCAAGAGCAGGAAUUCAAAAUGGGUUCUGGGGAAUAAAGUAUUUAUUAGUAAUCGGAGGCAUCAUAGGUGCUUUCUUCAUUCCCGAGGGCUCAUUUGGAUCAGUUUGGAUGGUAUUCGGCAUGAUAGGUGGCUUUUUGUUUAUACUAAUCCAGUUGAUUCUAAUUAUAGACUUCGCUCAUUCAUGGGCUGAAGCUUGGGUUGGCAAUUUUGAAGAAACUGGAUCAAAAGGAUGGUAUGUAGCACUGAUUGGGAUGACGAUGCUUAACUAUAUCUUGAGUAUUACUGGAAUAGUAUUACUUUAUGUAUUUUACACUAAGGCUCACGAUUGCGGAUUAAAUAAGUUCUUCAUUUCAAUCAACCUAAUCAUUUGUCUAAUAGUAAGUGUGCUGUCCAUUUUGCCUGCUGUUCAAGAUAAGUUACCUCGAUCUGGACUGUUGCAAUCAUCUGUAGUGACUGUAUAUGUUGUCUAUCUUACUUGGUCAGCUGUAUCAAAUUCAAGCAAAGAAUGUAAUCCUGGUAUGUGGGGUAUAUUUGGAGGAAAAUCGAAUAAUAAAACCAGCAGCGAUUUUGAUAUAAUCGGUUUAAUCAUCUGGAUGUGCUGUGUGCUUUACUCAUCUCUACGCUCUGCAAGCAAAUCAUCAAAGAUUACAAUGUCUGAGAGUAUGCUAGCCAAGGAUACAGGAGCAGUAAAAGACUAUGGAUCAGACAAUUUAGUUGACAACGAAGAACCCUAUGCUCCUAUCGCAGGUAACGAUGGUGGUGAGGGCGGAGACAAGAAGGUAUGGGACAAUGAGGAGGAAACUGUGGCAUACAGUUGGAGUUUCUUCCACGUUAUGUUUGCUUUGGCAACUUUGUACGUUAUGAUGACUUUGACCAACUGGUAUAAUCCAAACUCCAAUCUGGAUAAACUUCAUUACAAUCCUGCCUCCAUGUGGGUGAAAACAAUUUCCAGCUGGCUCUGUCUAGGAUUGUACGGUUGGACCUUAGUAGCUCCAGUAAUUUUACACGAUCGCGAAUUCAACUAAAUACAACUCAUAUUUUAUUAAUGGCAUCUUUUAUUAUCUAGCCUAAGGGGGCCUACACCCUUACGUUUUUAUAAAGCUUUAACUGUAUUACAAGUUUAAAUAUGCAAGAUGCAAAUUAUAUAUCGAUACAUUUUACGCAGGUAACUGAUAAUAGACCAAAUUUUUGGCUAGCUUAUAGUUAUCACAAGUGUGGCAUUGUCGUCAUAAGAUAUUAAAUACCCGAUAAAAAUAAUAUAAUAUAUUAGAACCUUAGAUACUUUAGGAUUUUUGCUGUAUUUUGUAACUUUAAAUUUUUUUUUAAUAAACUAAUGUCAAUACUUGUUUAAUAUUUACAUAUUCUCAAAUAUCCAACAAUUACGCAAUUAUAUUGAAAAGUUAAGUUUAUGUUAAUUUAUGAUAAAAUCAUUACGUCUCCAAUUUUAAAAAUACUGAGAUACUGAGCCAGAUGAAACUCAAAAAGUAAUUUCAAUUCCUUCGCAAAAACUAUAUCAUCAAAUAAAAUGUACAAACAAUCCUAAUAAUAAGAGAAGUUAACGUCUUAUUUUUUUAAACCAAGAGAAAACUUCUUAUGAUUGGUGACUAUAGUUAACAGCGGUUUUUACCACGUGUCUCAAGGUACUGUUCCUGUUAACUAAUCAUUAUCACUAAGAGAUGUGAAGAGCACGUCUGUUGUCCACAAGAGUCAAUACUUAAGAUAUAUUCGCGGUAUUUUAUUUCCUGGUAACUAGUGGUUAUCACUAAGAGAGAAGAACAAACUGUAGGUUCUGUUUCGAAGCCAAUUUCAGAGACAGAAGCACGUUCGUUGUCUAUGUAAGCCCCAACAGCAGAGAGCAGAGAGAAAAGCAUCUUUCAGGUACGAUGAGCACGAUCAGAGAGCUGAACACAGCGAACAGUCAAGAGAGAGAUCGAAAUAUCACGUCUAUUCGGCACGAACACCAAGAUCAGAGGGGGUUUAAAAGACACGUCUUUUCUGUAAGAACACAGGAAGCUAAGAGAGAGCGAAAAAGGCCUAAAAGUCUGUGAGACGCAAACUCGAAAGAGACACAGAGUCUGUUGUUGACGCGAUUUAAUAAAAGAGAGAGAGAGAGAGAAAUUCUAUUCUUCAUUUUCUUGUCUUUCUUGAGGGUUGGGUUAGAGUGGGAGUAGGAUUUGUUAUGUAGGGAUGGAUUUAGUAAUGGUUUUUAUAUGUUUAUCAGUUUACAGUAAUGGUUUAUCAAUAUUGAGGUUGAGAAUAUAGGAUUUGGUACAUCGAAAAAUAUAACAUUGUUUUUCGCAUGUGAAAAAUUGAACAAAACUUAAUUUUUUAAUAUUCUAUAAUUAGCUUUAAUUUUUGAUAGUUUAAACAUAAAAAUGAUCUGCCUAAUAACUAUGAGCUUGUAUAUUCGAUGCUAAACAACUUCUAAGUGUCAUAAAAAUGUAUGGUUGAAUACUUAUUUUGGUUAAAUUUUUUCAGUUGUCACCUUGUUCAUGAUAGCCAUCGAAAAAAAUUUAAUUAGAAUAGACUGUGCAACAAAAAUAACGUUGGUUGAGUUUUUAACAGCUUCCACAAAUAAUAUAUACCUAAGGUAAACUAUUGGGUUCAAUUUUGUUAAUACAAUUCUAUUUUUCCACAAUUUCAGUUUAAAAUAUGUAUAUUUUUAAAGUGUUGAAACGUCAAAAAUAAACUUAUUUUUAAUUUAAGUUUUGCGUUAUUCCUAUCAAAAAUAAUAAAUUGCAUUAAGAUGCCACGAGAAAACAGCUUCAGAGCAAUAUUUCUUAAUACAGUCUUAGAAUCUAAUAUAUUUACAAACAACGUUUAUAUUGACAAUGUUAAAUCAUAAAUGAACUGAAAUUUAUGAUUUGUGAAAUGACUGAAUUGCCAACAAGUGUUAGUUAAAUCUAAAUUCCACAGCCUACUGUAAUUACAAUUUUUCUCAAUGGCUCAGUAUAUAUAUAUAUAUAUAUAUAUAUAUAUAUAUAUAUAUAUAUAUAUAUAUAUUAUUUUUAAUAGCUCGUUUAUAAGAUGCCCCUUUUGGUCUUAAAAAUUAUCUUACAUAUUUUUAUAUUCUCAUAAGAAAUAAGUAAUAUAUCUGAUAUACAUAAAUUGUUGCCCCGUAUGAACAGCUCAUUUUUAAUUUCAAAUUUACCUUAUUUUAUGUAACAUCGAAACACUCAAACCCACGUGGUUGUAUAUAGCAUAUACCUUCGACUUUAGGUACUGAAUAUUACUCACGUAAAUCGAAACUUCUAGUGACAACACAUGUUACAUUUUAGACCGCGUUCCUAAUUGGGAAAAUUGUGGUUUGAUAUGCAAAAUUGUAUAAAGGAAUUACCCAUAGAAUCUUUCAACGCUGGAUUCCCGCUUGGGUUCAUGAUGCAAGAAAGUGUUAAGGAUGAAAAAAGAGUGUUGUUUCAGUUCUCUCCUCAGAACAUAGUUAGAACUACUAAUCUACGUUAUUGCCCUUUCAUCUUUUCAACAACAAGGAUAUACUUAGACAUUUUCACCAUAUAAUUAUUAGAGAUAAUUAAAAAAAAAAACAAAAAUCAAUGAGUGACUAGUGCUGGCAUAAAAAUUACACUACGAAAUUUCAUAACUAAGCAGUUUAAUAUAUCGGAUACAUUACAGAUAUUACUAAUUUAGUUAUGUACUUCCAUUUUGUUUUUAGAUUAGCAGUUUUCUUAUAACAUUUAUUGUAUAGUGUGAUAUUUUGUAUUUGCAAUCACUGUUUACGUUGUUUUGUGAUAAUAGGUGAUUGAAGUAUCUUAGUCUUGUUAGUUAUUAAAAUGAAAAUGGAAAUUUGUGAUCUGUUUGAUUUAGAUAAUCUCACAUUAUAUUUUCAAUAUAUUUAAAUAUACCUUGUUGCAUUUGCGAUUUGCAAUCGUAUUUGUUAGUUCGAAUGUUGGAUAAUAUUUGAGUUUCCGUAAAACUUUAAACCUUAUUUGCUAGAUUUGACUAUUUUGUAGACCUACAGUACACCAGGAUGUAUAAAGAUAUGUUUCAACCGGGAAUACCUAUAUCUGGUUUUAUCCACGAUAUUAAUUAUUUUUUAGAUUGUGUUGACCUGAGCAUACAUGAUACAAAAAUAUCCCAGUUUUUCGCCUGUGUUAGGGAUCCAUCCAGAUAUCCAAACUAUCGUAAAUACUUUUUUCAAAAAUCAAGUUAGUUUAAAGAAAUAAAUCAAACACAUUCAGAUUUACAUUAAAUAGUGCUAGCUUUUGUAAUAUAUGUACCUAUAGAUUAAAAAUCUGUCAAUUUAUAAUAUAGCCUUUUUAAUUUUAUGUAUUUGCCGAAAUUAAAUAAACUGUU